AAUAAUCUCUUCAGUUCAACUCCCUUCUGUCUGAUUUAAUGCGUCAGUGCAGAUGCAAUGAGGUUUGAUUGGUUUGAACCCAGAUGCAUUGGCUGAGUACGCUCUAGUGUCUUGUGACAAGAAGCGUCUUGAACUCAGAGGAAGUGAGGAGAGACAGGAUGUCUGAUAACAGAUAAACAUUGCAUACAGUACAUCAACUGUCAUUGUUACAUGACACUCACCCUGCAGAUCAAAGCAAGAAUGUUCAGCCUAUUCUCUCUGAUUUCUCUGAUCAUGAUUCCUGUGAUCUGCAAACAGGACUGGCAGGUUCAGUACUCAAGUAUGAUGAAAUGUGCCCUAAAGGGUUCAGCAAUACAUUUGUCAGGCAGUUAUAAACACCCAAAUCAUCUCACAGUGACAGAGAGAUUCUGGAUUGUAAACCCAAUUAAAGAUGAAGAACUCGUCAAUCUGUUAAAUCAUCCAGAUUACAGCGGCAGAGUUCAGUAUUUCCCUGAUAAAGAGCAAACUUUUUUUCUCAAACUCAGUAAUGUGACACAUGAGGAUGAAGGAAUGUACUGCCUCAGAAUCCUGACAAAUGUAGAAAAACAAAGAUAUCUUGGUUUUCCUGGGAUUGAUCUUAAAGUGACAGAGCUCAGAGUGGAGAUUCCUGAAGAGGUCGUAGAGGGAGAAUCAUCUGUUUUAGUUUGUAAAACCACUUGUAACCUCUCAGAUAAAACAAACUUUACCUGGUAUAAAAACAGCAAGAGUUUAUCAGAAUCGAUCGACUCGGAUCAGCUGUUGCUGCAGUCGGUGAGCAGUGAUGAUUCGGGAAACUACAGCUGUGCAGUGAGAGAUCAGAAACAUCUGCUGUCUCCUGUCGUCACUCUCAGUGUCAGAUAUCCUCCAAAGAGUGUCUCAGUGUCCAUCAGUCCGUCUGGUGAAAUAGUGGAGGGAGAUUCAGUGACUCUGAGCUGCAGCAGUGACUCAAACCCUCCUGCUCUGAACUUCAGCUGGUUUAAGGAGAAUCAAAGCUCAGCUGUUGGAUCUGGACAGAGUUUCAUCAUCUCCAGCUUUAACUCCAGUCACAGCGGACGCUACUAUUGUGAGGCUCAGAAUAAACACGGAUCUCAGAGAUCAGCGUCUGUGUCUGUAACAUCUGCAGAAAGAGGCCAGAGAGCUGUUCUGUAUGCAGCAGCUGGAAUUGGGGCGGCGCUCAUCUGCAUCUGUAUUAUUAUUGUAGUAAUAAAAACCAUCAGCAGGAAAACAGGAGAUGCUGGUGGCAAAAGUGGCAUUUCAAAACAGGCAACCGAUCCAAAUGACUUAGUGUACGCCAGCAUCACUCACAGCAGACCCAGAGAACAGGAGAGAGCUGGAGAUGAAGACGAGGUUCAGUACGCCACUGUCCAGCACCACAGAAACACCAGAAACACGACUGCGGAGGCCGAAUGUCAGUAUGGAAAACACUGCUUCUGCCGUCGGCUUUCUUAA